AUGACACUUGCAGCCAAGGCACCUCAGGCCAAGGGAUGGGUAAUUGCCUACCGUUCCUCAGAAUCUGUUAUGGGAUGCGAUGCACUGCACCUGGCAUCGGUGGCCAGCUCGCCUACAACUACAUGCACUAAGUCAGACAGCUCUAAAGUAUUAGUAGGAGAGCUGUCCUCAUUUCAUCUGAGUUUUUGUGAAGGCAGAGUGAUGGUCACGAAUAGUUGCACAUCCUAUGACCUGCAGAGGCCGAGAUGCUAUAGCAGUGGUUCUCUGUAUGGGACUGGGUGCCAUGGGCUUUGCCUAGGGGUUCUGGAAGAUUCCGCAACUUUGUUUGAAAAUCAGUCUGAUUUGUUUCAGGUGACAGACAGAAUAGGAUAUUGUAACUUUACAGUGGAGGACGAAAAUGCCUGGAAGCGAAUGUUACCAAAUGCUACAUCCAGUAUGAUUCAAAAGGAGCCAUGUAUGGUAAAAAUUCUUCCCCCUACUUGUGAUGCAGAAGGAAGAAGUUCUCUGGUGGAGAUGCAGAUAAAAAUACUGAUGACUGAGUACAGAGUAGAUUUUGGACUUAGCACCACUUUUGAUGAUCACUUAAGCCAUAUCCUGACACCAGCACUAUGGUCAUAUGAAAGAAAAGCUGUUGACAAUACUGGUGAUGAUCAUCGGGAGGCAAAAGGAGCAGAACACUUCUCAGCUGCUUUAAUGCACACAAUUCCAGAAGGUCACACAUUCAAAGCAUACCCUCUUCAUUUUAUGCACCAUUCACCACAACGGGCAUUCAACUUGAUUAUGAGCUCCAGCAUUGGCCGUGAGAUAGUUGGGUGUCGUGGUGAUAAAGUCUGUUUUGCUGUGCGUGCUAUAACAAUUAAUUAUCCUGAAAAUAUGUUCCUGACUUGGCUUAUGGUUGCUUGUUCAUACAGACCUGUCGGAUGAAAAGUUAUUGAAACAUACAAUAGAUUUUCUUUGAGAAUUGUAUAACAUUGCACAUAAUGAAAUAAAAAAUAUUUAUGUACCUAUAAAAUAAACCCUUAAAUUUUA